AUGGCCCCAGCACUCCCCCCCGAUGGCAAGAUACCAUGCCCCACUCAGCGCCAUCUUGUAGAAGAACUCGACGAACUCGCCUAUGCCCUGGAACCGGCCGAGAAGGAGGAUACUUGGGAAAAGUUCGAAAAGGCCAUCAUACGUUUUGCAGCGGUGGUCAGAGGGGGAGGGUACAAGUUUACAGAGACGUUUGUGGAAGGUGUUGGAAGGGGCGGCGUCGGGACGAAGCUUGUAAGAUGUAUGCUCUCCGACAGAGGCAGACUAUCAGGCGUCGCCACAGACCUCCUCCAAACAUUCGCCCCCCGCCUAUCCACCCACUUCAAACCCCUCACCCACCUCUAUCUCGAACCCAUCAUGACCCUCCUAGGCCGUCCCAAUAAGGUCUAUCUCCGCCGAACUGAAAAAUGCCUCGCAACCAUCAUAUCCAACUGUCACCUCCCCGUCAUCGUACAAGAGCUACGGAAGGGGCUGGAUGAUAAUGCGGCGGCGUGUAGGAAGGGAUGUGCGGUGGCGAUUGAUAGGGCAUUGCAGGAGUGGCCUUAUGAAAUGUGGAAUGACAAGUGGUUGAAGGUGCUAGAGGGGUGUGUCAAGAAGAUGGGGGCGGACAAGGAUCCGCAGGUGCGAGAGACGGGGAGAGAAGUGUUGGGUUUGUUUGCGGAGGCGUGGCCGGAGAGAGUCGACGAGUUUGCAAGCCCCCUCACUCCGAUUACGCGACGAAAUCUCAAGAUUGACGCCAACGGUGUGACUGCAAAGCCCAAAACUCGCCCCGCCGCUCCAGCUCGCAAGAUGCCCCCUCCUCUCACUUCAUCCACCGCCUCCUCCUCUUCAGCCCACCCCCCCGCGCCUCAUCACAGAGUCCAAGAACUAGGCGGCUCGAGAUUCCCCCCGGCACAACAGCCCGCUGCGCCUUCGAGAAAAUUGUCUGGGGACGAACCUCAGACGGGGAGAUCGACGUACGAUCCCAGACCUCCUCGUAGUCAUGCCGAACCUCUUCCUCUGCCGGAGGUGGAACCGACCCGUCCUAGAGCUCUCAACACACUCCCCCCUGUACGUGCUCGUACAGUAUCACACGAAUCACUACCCACCUCCUCUUCAUCCGACCCGAACCCAAACUCUCUCUUCUCCCCCGUCGACCAUCCCCAUCAGUCUCAGGGCGUGAAACACAAUCCACUAUCCAAACCAGUCCGCCCUCCCCUCCCAGCUUCAUGGUCCACCUCCGCUCUUCUGCCUCAGGGCGAAGCGGCAAACGCAAAACCGAGGAGGAUGGCGCCGCCAGAGAGGAUCGUGAAGCCCGUGGUGGAGGAAGAAGAUGAAGAUGAAGCCGCUGGGUCUGGGGCUGGGUCGAAGGCUGUUGCGAGUGGAGCGUUGAGGGGAGCGGUGAGGCCGGCGGUGGUGAAGAAGAAUACGAUGGGGCAAGCUACGAGGAGGGUCGUCACUGCUCCUGUCCCUUUGUCGAGCGAGUCGGGUUUGGAAGACCAGCCCCAACAGUCGAUACGACCUAGCCCACAGACUUCUGCAGAAUCAUUCUUCUCCCCUGUCCCGUCCCGGGUACUUGAGGGUGAGAAGAAAAGCGUCGAGUCGCCGCUCAUGCCGGUGCUCAUGCAAUCCACGUCGAGCAAGGUGGAUGCGGAGGAAAUCAAGCCUUCGCAAGAAGAGUCGGAAGGGGUUAUCGAUAUGGAAGAAGAUGUUUAUCCUGCAUCGCCGUCGAAGAGGGGAGAUGGGGAGGAUGGAAGGAGGGAGGUGGAAGUUGCGAGAGAGGUUGCUUUGCCGGAUAGUCCGACGUCGGAGAAGAAGAGUGCUGUAGUGGAGGUCGUGGGGAAGCCGACUGAGGAUGAGCGGGCUGCGGCAGAAGAGGCUGUUGAGCCUGGGGUCGAGACGAAAGUUGUUUCAGCCGUCGAGGCCGCCGUUCAGCAAGCUCCUGAACCGACAUCAGCUCCCGAACCUCCCAUCGAAUCCAAACCCAUACCACCCCCACCCACCGCUCAGCCUACUUCCAGUCCCAGUCUCACAGCCAAACCAUCCCGCCCCCCUGCCGCUCCCCAAGCCCAAGCGAAACCUCUCUCUCGCGCACCUUCUCGUCCCGCCCCAGCCGUAUCGGGAGCUCGACCCGAACCAAAGGCGGCAGCGGCGGUGCCGAGGAAGCCGCCUGUACCUCGUGCGAGGGUGGCGAGUGGGAGUAAGCCGGUGGUGCCUCUUGUGAGGAAGGCGUUCAAGCCUACGAGCGCUGCGAGUGUGGGGAGCGGUGGUGGUCAGGCUUCAGCGACGGCGCCGGCGCCGGCGGCAGGUGUUGUUAAGAAGGAUGCGGCUGGUGCGGUGAGCAAGCCGGUUGUUACGAGUGCUUCGGCGAGGGUUGUUUCGGCAUCUGGGGCGACAGGGAACAAACCCCCAGUCGCGACGAAGACAUCGGCCCCUCCUCCUGCUCGCCCAGAGCUGGCCAAGGUUUCAAGACCCGAAGAACCUCCAAAACGUACCGUCACCUCCGCACCUAUCUCCAAGCCUCCCGCAUCUAGACCACCCGUCACCUCCUCUGCACCAGCUGCCAAAGCUCCCAUCGCCUCCAGACCGCGCAAACCCGCCGUCCCGAGCCAUGUGGUCCUGCCAGCUGCGAAGAAGGAGAAGAUCCGCCUCAAAGCUCCUCUGCCUUCUUUCCGACCUAUGCGAGCGAAGAAAGAAGUCAAACCCGAAACUGUUCCCCUCCCCGACAGUCCGCCCAAAGCCGCUGCUAUCCCACUCCCUCCAAGUCGGCACAAUAGUCCGAGCCCGAGAGAUCAUCCUCUCCCACCAUCUCCUCCCCGAUCACCGACGCCAAGAGCGCAUACGCCUGUGUUGAGCAGGCCUUCGCCUUUGAGGACGGAGAUUGCGCGAGGGAGAGGGGGGGCGGAUUCGCCUGCUAGGAGUGUUAGGAGUGUGAGGAGCCAGACGAGUGGGAGGAGUGUGCCGGCUAGUCCUGGGGGGGUGGUGUUGGAGAAGGGAAGGCCGGCGAGCCCGCUUUUGACGAAGGGGGAGGUGGGGGAGGGGUUGUUGUUGGGACAUGUGGAGGAGAAGGAUGAGGGUGCGGAGAUUGUUGGGAAUGACGGGGUGAAGGAAGAGGGAGGAGAGCAGGUGAAUAAGGAAGCGAGCGAGGAUGAGGACAUCUCUGGAUCGGUUUUGGGCAACAUGGAGGGGAAGCUUGAGAAGGCUAGAGUGGAAGAUUCCAUCCCUCAAGCCGAAGUUGCAGUUACCACCGUACAAGUGACCGAAGACAACUCGGUAUCUCGUUCAUUCAACAGUCCCUCCAUCGACGACAUACCUUCCUCCCUAUCUCCCCCAACCGCCACCCCCUCUACUCGUACCCCCUCGCCUCUUUCCCCAAUCACCAAAUCCCCUGCACCAGCAUUUGCUACCCGUAUAGAAGUAUCCACCCCGGGCAAGAGCGCGCUGUGGCUUCUGGCAAAGCUGGAGGGUAGAGAGGAUGUUGGGACGCCGGAGAGGGAGAGGAAGGCGUUGGCAGUGAAGGAUGCGAAUGCUGUCGGGACGCCGAAGGUGGUUGGUGGGGGUGGGUUUGAGGGUGACGUGAGCGCUUGA